AUGGCGACCGACACGUCCAAGUAUAAGCUUAAUCACACUAUGCUCCGGGUCAAGGACCCAAAGAGAUCCUUGGAAUUCUACAAAUUCUUGGGACUCAACCAGAUCCAGCAGCUGGAUUUCCCCGAGAACAAGUUCUCACUCUACUUCCUGGGAUACAACGGACCCAAGUCACUGCAGGGAGAGACCCACUUCACGGACCGUCAUGCUCUAUUGGAGCUCACUCACAACUACGGUACAGAGGAUGACCCCAACUAUAGCGUGGUCAAUGGCAACACGGAACCCCACCGCGGCUUUGGGCACAUCGCCAUUUCUGUUGACAAUAUCGAGUUGGCCUGCAAGAGACUGGAGGAUGCCGGGUACUUGUUCCAGAAGAAGCUGACCGAGGGCCGUAUGAGGAAUAUUGCUUUCGUCAAGGACCCAGAUGGAUACUGGGUCGAGAUUAUCCGUCGUCAUGACGAAGAUGUGGGCAACACUACGGACCCGGCCAACUACCGAUUCAACCACACGAUGCUCCGAGUCAAGAGUGCCGAGGCCAGCUUGAAGUUUUACCAGGAGGUCAUGGGAAUGACGCUGCUGCGUACAAUGGAAAACAAGGAUGCGGAAUUCAAUCUCUACUUCUUGGGAUACCCUGCAACCAGCCCCAAACUGCAGGAAGGCGCCAAGAACCCCGUGGCUGAAUGGGAAGGCCUGCUGGAGCUGACCUGGAACUACGGCACCGAGAAGCAAGAAGGUCAGGUCUACCACAACGGGAAUAUUGAACCUCAAGGAUUUGGUCAUAUUUGUGUUUCUGUUGACGAUCUCAACGCCGCCUGUGACCGUCUCGAGUCGCUGAAAGUGAACUGGAAGAAACGCCUGACUGAUGGACGGAUGAGGAACGUGGCGUUUGUGCUUGAUCCCGAUAACUACUGGGUUGAGGUGGUCCAGAAUGAGGCGCACAAACGUACUGGUGAUUGUGUGACGGAGCGACUCCACAUUGCCACAACUGCGACAGGAAAGGGAAGGAGUGCAAAUAUCAACAUGGAGACGACAAGCGGAAAACCGCCGCCGAUGAACCCCGACGAUGAGUCCGGAAUCAACAGAGUCCUGGAUACGCUUCAGAUUCCUCGAGGGUUGGCCCAGAGAAAGGAAUCUCCAUGCGAGCAAAAUACGCCGCUACAAUCUGCCGUCGCGCAUUCUCCCGCCUACAAUGCACAUACACCCACCCCGUCCGCGUUGGACGGAAAGUUGGAUCCCAUUGGAGGUGUUGCGGGAGGUCCCUCUCCCUCGUCGAGUGCUUUUCCUACCCAGCCAUUUAUAUCCGGGGCGGAGAAAAGCCAAGAACCAGUGGUCGCUUUCGCGUCCGAUACCAGCCUGGCAAACCACUAUCCCCCUGCAAAUUGGGGAUUUACCCUUCCAACGGCUGAGAGCCUGAACACUAUUUAUGCUAAUAUUAAUAGCGGGCCCAACGGCUCGCAAGAGAAUAGUCUCAGUCCUGACAGUCUGCAUUUGUCCCAUGAUAUGCAGCAGCAACCGGGGGUGCUGCUUGGACAGUCGUGGAAUAACAGGGAUUAUGACACAGACAGUGGGGAAGAGGAUGAAGCGGAAAAUGACGUUAUCGAGCAGAUCUCGCAUCGUAUUGGGACUUUGAAGAUUGCAGGCGAUGGCCAUUUACGGUUUUAUGGUGCCACAUCGAACCUAAACCUGGUAGAUGUAUCGGCAACGCAACAGCGACAGCGCCCUGAUGCGCGCACCGUCCGCCACGAUGGACAGGAUAUUUUGAAUCAUCUGCGGGUUGGGCAGGCGGUUGACCAAGCCCUCGAAGACCAUCUGGUUGAGUUAUAUUUCACAUGGCAAAAUACGAGCACUUAUGUGGUGGACAAGGAGAUGUAUAUGACGGCCAGAACAAAAUGGCGGAAUGAAUUUGACGAUACCCCGUUCUACUCGGAAGUUCUUACGAAUGCAAUGUGUGCCAUUGGUAGCGCGUUUGAAGCGCGGUAUCAUCCUACAUUUAUCACUUUUCCUAAAUCGCUAUCGGAGUUCUUUGCGGACAGAGCGAAGGCCCUUCUUGAAAUCGAGCUCGACUCUCCGUGUGUUGCCACAGUACAGGCGCUAGUUAUUCUGAGCUGUCACGAAGGGUCCUCGAAUCGUGACGCUCGUGGCUGGCUUUACAGUGGGAUGUCUAUGCGACUUGCAUUUGAUCUUGGAUUACAUAUUGACAUGACUCCAUAUGUCGAGAAAGGAGAUAUAAGUGCUUUUGAGGCCGAUGUACGACGGACAGCAUUCUGGGGAAGUUAUAUCGCAGACCAUUUCUGGGGAUUCUACCUAGGGCGACCGUUUCGGAUGAGUGCGGGUGAUAUUACUGUUCCAAAACCUGCAUCCAACUUGGGUGCAGAAAAGGAAAGCAUCUGGUAUCCAUACGGGCUUCAUGGGGAUUUAGAACCAUCAACGAGUGGGGUGAAGAACCCGAACGAACUGAUCAGCAGGCAGUUUGCUAUUCUUUGGGAAAUAAUAUCCCCUGUUGGCCAUAUUCUUUAUGGCUGUUCUGAUAUUGGCCGGCAUGACCUCCAGCGACUGUGUCAUAGAGUGACGGAUGACUUGUUUGCUUGGAAGGCGAAUUUACCUUCGAACCUUGAUAUUGAUCUUGAUAAUGAUGCUGUUCCUAAAUUACCACAUCUUCUAGUAUUACAUAUGCAGUAUCAUCAGAUUGUCAUCUUCACCCACAGACCGUGGGUGUCCAAAAGCUACAUCCAACCACGAAGCCCACGUCAAGGACCGGGUUAUCACCAUGCUCGAAGAAUGUGCGUCGAGUCGGCAACAGAUAUCGCGCGACUGCUUCACCUCUACGAGAAACAUUAUACCUUCCGCCGCAUGAACAACCAGGUCGUGGCCAUGAUCUUCAGCGCAGCUUUGAUGCUCCUUUACGUUACCAUCUCCAACACCUCUCCUUCCAGUCGAACCAGUGGCGACCAGAUUUACAAUAAUACGGAAAUGGUCGCAUACCUGAAUCUCUGCUUCCGUGCACUGGACGAGCUCGGCCAGUCCUUCGAGAACGCCAAACGUACUCGAGAUUUCCUCGUCAGCCUCCAGCGCAGAUGGCAAGCCCAUAUGCGUCGAUCGGGAGCGAAGCGACAAAUCAAUAAUCAGCCUUCAUCUCAGCAGAUUGCGGGCUCUAAUUCCGACUCCGAUGCCUCGCGGAAGAAGUCGCGCACCACGGCACCCCACGGCCACGCAUCUUUCCCAUUUUCAACCCCCGCGCAGGCUAUGGCAGUGCCUCUGGGUCAAGCGGAGAGUCAGCGAGUAGGACAACCGCUUGAUCCGACCAGGCAGCUAGGCGCUUGCCAACCCGGCGAUUUCGACUGGAUACGGAGCUCGGACCUGCAGCUACUGUCGAGCGGUCUCGACGAGGGGGGAUUCAGUCAGUUGGGUUCGGCCAAUUAUGGGGAGGCUGCAUUGCCUAGUUUGUCUGAUAUUGAACCAUGGUGGGAUUCGCCCGGGAACGGAUUCGGGUCUCCUUUAUGA